UGAAGUAUUUUGAUUAAAAAAAACUUUAAAUACAAAAGUUUUAACUUUUCUGAUCAUGGUUAAAUUAAAUAUUAAAUCUAGUAUAUAUGUAAAUACAACGUCUGCUUGGAAUACUCAUCAAGGGGGCAAACGGUCGUUAGGCUUUUGGCACUGGCAGUAUGGAAUCUUCAGAUAGUGAAGAAACAUUUGAAAGGCCUCUUGUAAACUUUCAAUUAUCUAUGCCACCGGAAAUAACUGAUAACUCGGAGGUUUUAACACUUCUGGAGGUCCUAAAAGAAGAUAUAGAGGGUUUUGAUGACAUGCUCCUGGAGGCAUUACAGCAGCAGAACCAGACAGAAGAGCACUGUGAAUCAAAUGUCACAAUGGCAGAACCAGAACCCAUUCAAAAUCCUGUUUCAUAUAAAGAGACCCCAAAUGAAGAGAAAUCUAGAUUUAAAUGCCUUUCAGAAAAGGAUUUGCUAGAAAUUGAGAGAAACCAGUACUCUGAUGCCACUAAAAGGAACACAAAAUGGGGGAUUGGUGUCUUUAAUGCUUGGUGUCUGGAGCGACUAAAUGAAACACAUGACCUAGAAGUUGUUGAUGCAAGCACUCUUAAUGAAAGCUUAAGGAAGUUUUACGCAGAGGCCCAGCCAAAAAAUCUCGUAAAUCGAUCAAAAGCAAUAACCGAAGAACAGGCACAAGAAUAUCACAAAAAUUCAAUGAAAAAUGUGCGAGCUGCAAUAAAUAGGCACUUAAAAGACAUAGGAAGAGAAAUUGACAUAGUAAGAGACAAGGAGUUCAAAACUGCUAAUGCGAUGCUCACUUCAAAACUAAAAUUUAACCUGCGUCAAGGCCUGUCAAGAUCAACCAAGCAUCAUCCCAUCAUACCAAAUGAAGAUCUUGCAAAAAUCAACCAGUAUAUCUCUAAUGAUUACCCUGUUGCCCUCAGAUUUCGCAUCUGGUAUUUACUGGCAAUCCAUUUUGUAAGCAGAGGCUGCGAGUUUCAUCACCAGCUAACUAUGAAAUCCCUGAAGUUUGCAAAAGAUGAAAAUGGGUUAGAGUAUGUAACGAUAAACCAUGAAACGCAACAGAAGAACUACCAGGGUGGGCUAGAUGACAAGUGCGAGGAAGCCCAGGACAAGAGAAUGUACGCUACAGGAACAUCAACAUGUCCAGUGGAAUCCCUCAGAAAGUUCAUUCAAAAAACUGACCCAGCAGCCAUUUCACUCUUUAAUGAAUGUGCACGAGAUGCUUUGCGUGGAGAAUCGCCUGAAUCCUUUUCAGUAUGGUAUACAGUCACCCCAGUUAAGCCCAAGAAAUUCACAACAUUCAUGCCUGAUAUUUGCAAGAACGCUGGGACCACUAGAUUCACUGCACACUCUCUCCGUUCGACUUCGAUCACAGCGAUGCUGGUCUUACCGACAGACAUAUAAUGUUUAUGUCAGAUCACAAGAGGGAGGAAUCACUGAAGUCAUACUGCCGUCGCCCGAGCACAGAACAGAAACAUGUCAUCAGCUCUGUUCUUAGUAAUGUUGCAAGCGGAGAAAAAAAACAAACAUGCUUAGCCUACCUCCAAGUUUGAUUUCGUCCACUCAAACACAGUCAGUCAGCAAUCAAAGUCUCCAAAUAAGCAGGGAAUCCAUGAAUUUGUCGGGAUUUGGAGCACGCUCUGUCUUCAAAGACUGCCACUUUCACUUUAACU